UUCCAAUAUUCAGUUAGUUUUAAGAUUUUUUAGAGUUUACAUCUAUUUUUUAAACUUUAACACAAAUUGUUUUUUUUUAAUUUUUAGUGCUUCUUUUUCUAUAUUAUUUUAAAACAUGUCCUUCUGUGAACUGUGCAUGGGUGAUUUGAAGGCAAAGGGGCGAAAUGCUGGUACCCGGCGCGCAGCAACAGCGGCGGCAGCUGCCAGAAAGCAGAACCCCAGGCAGACGAAGGAGGAGCCGCCCCGUGAGAGCUCCAGGCAGCCCAAAACGGGAAACCGGAGGCCAUUGAGAGGACAGGCAGACAAGCCAGGUCUGGGUCCGUCGCAAGCUGCGAAUCGCAAAAAGAAAGCAAGUCGAGUUCGACCAAAAACCCGGAACCAAGCAUGCCAGACACCGCGCUGCCCGAUAUUCUGCGACUAUGCCAGAUAGUUGUUCAACCAGCCCCGAAACUGGAGGCACUCUAUCGAUGGACUUCGUUGGAGACGGAGAUGUUCUAACUGAAUGUUAACUCUCCCCUCUUUUAAUUUAUUUUAAAUGACAAUGUGACAGCCCUUAAUGACGCAUUGAAUAUACUUUAUAUACUGAUAUGAUAUCGUCCAAAAA